AUGCUAUACCCAGCUUGGUGUCAGAAUGACGAUGUUCCUGUUACAGAACAAGAGAUUAAAGACAUAUUUGAACAACUAACUCUGAAGUUUGGCUUUCAACAUAGUUCAAAGUUAAAUAUGAUUCAACAUUUACUAUCCCAGUUGGAUUCUAGAGCAAGCAGAGCAAAUGCAUAUAAUGCCUUAAUCUCUCUUCAUGCGUCGUAUAUCGGAGGCGAUCAAGCAAAUUUCAAAAAAUGGUUUUUUGCUGCUCAAUUGGAUUUGGAUGAAGAAUUAGGAUACAGAAAUAUGAAUCUUAGAGGGAAAGGUUAUAAAAGAAAUAUUAAGAUAUCUAAGAAAAAUGGGAUUCCGAUUAAAGAUCAAAUAAAAGAAUGGGAGAUUAGGGAGCAGGAAUUUAUCAAUUCACAUCCACAUUUUAACACUUGGGAUAAAGAGACUAAAAAUAACCCAUUGAAAAAUGCUGAUUAUAAAUGGAAGUUAAAAAUGAAAGAACUUACCCCAGCUGAUAUGAUCAGACAACUAGCUCUUUAUUUGCUAUGUUGGGGAGAAGCAAAUCAAAUCAGGUUUACCUCAGAAUGUCUUUGCUUUAUAUAUAAAUGUGCUUUGGAUUUUGAUGCUUAUACUGAGCAAAAUAACCAAAAUAUACAAUUACCAGAAUACAGUUAUUUAAAUAACGUUAUAACACCAUUAUAUGAAUUUCUAAGGAAUCAAUUGAAAAAGCCAACCGCUGAUAAUCAGUGGAUUGAAAGAAAUAAAGACCAUAAGCGAACUAUAGGAUAUGAUGAUAUUAAUCAAUUAUUCUGGUAUCCUGAGGGAAUUGAAAGAAUAGUGUUAAAUACAGGUGAAAGAUUAAUAGAUAUCCCCUUGCCAGAAAGAUAUUUGAAUUUUCAGAAUAUUGUUUGGAAGAAAGUUUUUUAUAAAACAUUUUUAGAGAGUAGAAGUUGGAUUCAUUGUAUUACAAAUUUCAAUAGAUUUUGGAUUAUUCAUUUUGCACCAUUUUGGUUUUUCACAACCUAUAACACACCAACUAUAUAUACAAAGGAUUAUGUUCAACUUUUAGAUAAUCCUCCGUUGGAACAAGUGAGGUAUACAAUUGUCGCCUUAGGUGGUUCUAUUGCAUGUUUAAUUCAAAUAUUAGCAACUUUUUUUGAAUGGUGGUGUGUCCCAAGAUUAUGGCCAGGCUCUCAGCCCCUUUCUUGGAGAAUGUGUUGCCUAAUCUUUUGUUUAAUAAUAAACAUAACACCUACUAUCUUCAUUCUAUCUCGUUAUGGUUUUGUAACCUAUUCAUAUUAUGCAUAUGUUUUAUCCAUUAUUCAGAUUGUUAUUGCUGUUCUAACAACUUUGAUAUUUUCUAUUAGACCCUUAGGUGGUUUCUUUGGCUCAUACUUAAACAAAGGCAGAAAAAAGAGAAGAUAUAUAUCUUCCCAAACAUUUACAGCAUCUUUUCCCCAAUUACCUACAAGAAGUAGAUGGUUUUCUUGCGGACUCUGGUUUUUUGUUUUUUUAGCAAAAUAUAUUGAAUCAUAUUUUUUUCUCACCCUAUCAAUAAAAGAUCCUAUUAGAGUUUUGUCGAUCCUUGACUUAUCAAGAUGUAAUGGAGAUCUUAUUUUGGGAACCUAUCUAUGCAAACUCCAAGGGAAAAUCACAUUGUUCUUGAUUAUUCUCUCUGACCUGGGGUUAUUCUUCUUAGAUACCUAUUUAUGGUAUAUUAUUUGUAAUUGUAUUUUUUCAAUUGUCAUUUCAUUAUCAUUAGGUACCUCAAUCUUUACACCAUGGAAAAACAUCUAUUCACGUUUACCAAAAAGAUUAGAAGCUAAGAUUUUGGUUACUACAGAAGUCCGAGUUAGAUUAAAACCAAAAUGGCUCAUAUCCCAAACAUGGAACGCCAUAAUUGUAUCAAUGUAUAGAGAGCAUCUAUUGGCUAUUGAACAUGUGCAAAAAUUGAUUUAUAUACAAGUUGAUGCUUUAUUAGCAGAGUCAAAGGGCUUAAAACCUCCUAUAUUUUUUAUAGCUCAAGAUGAUUCUACAUACAAGUCAGAAGAAUACUUUCCACCUAAUUCGCAAGCAGAAAGAAGAGUAUCUUUUUUUGCACAAUCCUUAUCAACACCAAUGGCUGAACCAAUGCCAAUCGAAUGUAUGCCAUCAUUUACAGUAUUAAUUCCCCAUUAUGAAGAAAAAAUUGUGUUAGGAUUAAGAGAGUUAAUAAGGGAUGAAUCAUCUAAAAGUAGAAUACCAGUUUUAGAGUAUAUUAAAAACCUACAUGAAGAAGAGUGGAAAAAUUUUAUAACUGACACCAAAUUAUUGGCAAAAAAAAAGGAUAAAAUAGAAAAUAUUCAUAAUAUCUUGUUGAUGAAUCAUGAUUCUGAUACCAGUUCAGGGGCAGUUCAAUCAUUUAAAAAUGAAGAUACCGCAUCAGCAGAAAAUAAUAAAAAUAGUAAUGAAAAAAGUUUUACUACUCGAUCUGCGAAACCUAUGGAUCACGCAAAUGAUAUUCCAUAUAGUUUAAUUGGAUUUUCAUCCUCUGAACCACUUUACACACUUCGAACAAGAAUAUGGGCUUCUCUUAGAGCUCAAACUUUGUAUAGAACUGUUGCAGGUUUUAUGAAUUAUAAUGAUGCUAUUCAAUUAUUAUAUAGAAUAGAAAACCCUUCAAUGUUAGAACUUUACGAUAAUAAUCAAAUUGCGUUACAAGAUGAUCUUGAACAAAUGAGCUAUAGAAAGUUUAGGAUGGUUGUUGCUAUGCAACGGUAUGCUAAAUUUAGUGAGGAGGAGAAAGAAUCUGUCGAAUUAUUGUUACAGUCUUUUCCCUGCAUGUAUAUAUCCUACCUUCUAGAAGAGGAAGGUGAAAAAACUGGAGAUGUAAUAUACUAUUCUUGUUUGACGAGUGGCCAUGCAAAUUUUGAUAAAGAUACGAAACGUCGCAUGCCAAUUUUUAAAAUUAAACUAUCUGGGAAUCCCAUUUUAGGAAAUGGUAAAUCUGACAAUCAAAAUCACUCGUUAAUUUUUUAUCGUGGUGAGUAUAUUCAAGUUAUAGAUGCUAAUCAAGAUAAUUAUAUAGAAGAAUGUCUUAAAAUUCGUUCUAUUUUAAGUGAAUUUGAGGAAUUAUCUAUAGCAAACGAUAUUCCUUAUGUGCCUGGUGUUGAAUAUGAUGAGUGUGAGGCCCCAGUCGCUAUUAUUGGGGCAAGAGAAUAUAUUUUUUCUGAGAAUAUUGGAGUAUUAGGGGAUGUAGCUGCGGGAAAAGAACAAACAUUUGGGACGUUAUUUGCAAGGACUCUUGCUGAAAUUGGUGGCAAGCUGCAUUAUGGACAUCCUGAUUUUUUAAAUGCCAUAUUUAUGGUUACAAGAGGAGGAAUAUCAAAAGCACAAAAGGGUUUACACUUGAAUGAGGAUAUAUAUGCUGGUAUCACAGCAUUGUGUAGAGGAGGUCGUAUUAAGCAUAGUGAUUACUAUCAAUGUGGAAAAGGUCGUGACUUAGGUUUUGAUUCAAUUCUUAGUUUCACCACAAAAAUUGGUGCAGGUAUGGGUGAACAGCUUCUUUCCAGAGAGUAUUAUUAUCUAGGAACACAAUUGCCUGUUGAUAGAUUUUUAACAUUCUUUUAUGCACACCCUGGAUUUCAUCUCAAUAACUUAUUCAUAUCUAUGUCUCUUAAUCUCUUCUUUAUUUUGCUCCUUAAUUUAGGAUCUCUGAAUUUGGAAACAAUCAGCUGUAAUAAAAAAAAGAAUUCAAAAAUAACAGAUCUUCAAGAACCAAUAGGAUGUUAUAAUAUUGACCCUGCACUACAUUGGGUUUCAAUUUUUGUAUUGUCAAUUUUUAUUGUGUUUUUUAUUGCAUUUGCACCUUUGAUUAUUCAAGAAUUACUGGAAAAAGGUAUCUUGAGAGCCUUGAAGAGAUUCCUUCAUCACAUCCUAUCUAUGGCUCCACUUUUUGAAGUGUUUGUGUGCCAAACUUACGCUAGUUCAUUAUUAAAUGAUUUAACCUUUGGUGGCGCCAGAUAUAUAUCUAGUGGACGUGGGUUUGCAAUAACAAGAAUUGAUUUUACUGUUCUCUAUUCAAGAUAUGCAACUGUGUCGAUUUAUUCAGGUUUUCAUAUAUUUUUGAUGCUUCUUUUUGCUACUGUUACAAUGUGGCAACCAGCAUUAUUAUGGUUUUGGAUCACAGUUGUUUCUCUUUGUUUUGCCCCAUUUAUUUUUAAUCCACAUCAAUAUCUUUUGUCGGAAUUUAUUCUUGAUUAUAAAAAUAUUCUUCAUUGGUUCUCCGAUGGUAACCAUUACUUUAAAAAACAUUCAUGGACAUCAUUUACCAAAGAACAAAGAACAAGAUACAUUGGAUGUAAGAAUAGAAACAGCGCCAAUACAUUGGAGCAAAAUGUAAUAAGUUAUCAUCGGCCUCAACUAUGGAAUUUGUUUUUUUCAGAACUUUUUGUACCAGUUGCAGUAUUUCUUUUUAGCUUCACUGCAUAUACAUUUGCUAAUGCACAGACUGGUGUAAAAUAUACAACACCGACAAACUCUAUAUUCCGUCUGGUUCUAGUAACUUUUUUCCCUAUUAUAGUCAAUAUGGGUAGUCUCUUGGUAUUAUUUUGUAUAUCCUUUAUUUGUGGACCAAUUCUCAUCUGUUGUCAUUAUAAUACAGGUGCAACAGUUGCUUUCCUUGCACAUGGUAUAUCUGUUUUUAUAUAUUUAUUGGAUUUUGUCAUAAUGUGGUUUUUAGAAGGAUGGCAUUUCAAAAGAACGUUAAUUCUAGUAAUUACUACGAUAUUUUUGCAUAUAUCUAUGUUUAGAGUCCUCAUUCAAUUUUUUACAAAGGAAUUUAAAAACAGUAAAUCAAACCUUGCUUGGUGGUCAGGAAAGUGGUAUAAUACUGGGAUGGGAUGGUCAGUGGUAUUUCAACCUGUAAGAGAGUAUUUUAUUAAAGUCAUGGAAAUGUCAUAUUUUGUUGCAGACUUCUUUUUGGUACAUUUCUUAUUAUAUCUUCAAACGCCAAUACUUUUCUUUCCUUUUAUCGAUUUUUGGCAUUCGAUGAUAUUAUUUUGGUUAAGACCCAAGAAUAUUAAAAAAGAUAAUAGAAUUUUUACAAUAAAACAACAAAAAUAUAGAGAUGCUACAAUCAGAAAAUAUUGUGUUGUCUAUUUUGUUUUAUUUAUCUUGUUUUUAACCAUUUUGAUCAUUCCUAUAUUUGUUGAUCAGUUCUCUAUGGAUCCAAAAGAGAUGAUGAACGGUAUACCUCUAUGGAAUAUGCUUCAACCUAGUAAGCAAGAUAAUAAUGAUACUGGACCGGAUGCACCAUUACACAUUUUGAGAUCGACUCCUUCUUCCACAGCAUUUCAAACCACUAAAUAG